GCAGGUCUCUGAGCCCUGCGAAAUUAAUUUGCUCCCGGUUUUAGUCAUCAGUCAUCACGCGGGUCGCGAGGAGGUGGCCGGCCAACUUCUGCGGACGCCGCACCGGAGGAGGAACCGAGGAGAGGUCUACUGCCCGCGAGCCUCGCCGCCGGCGAACCCCUCCAACCCACAGGCACCAUGUCAAUGUCACUGUUCCCAGGGAUGGAUCUUACGAAAAUGGACGCUCCUACUCUUACUCUCCUUGGAGCAGCCUGCUGUGUAAUGCUAUCUAUGCAUUUUACAGUACAAUUGGUGUCACAGCAUCUUUUCUAUUGGAAGAAUCCCAAGGAGCAGAAGGCUAUACUCAUUAUAGUGAUCAUGGCUCCAUUGUAUGCUAUAAAUUCCUUUGUUGGCCUUCUGGAUAUCAAGGGAAGUAAAACGUUUUUCACGUUCUUGGAUGCUGUCAAAGAAUGCUAUGAAGCACUGGCUAUUGCUAAGUUUAUGGCACUGAUGUACAGCUACUUGAAUAUAUCUAUUAGUAAGAACAUAGUCCCCGAUGAGAUCAAAGGGAGGGUGCUUCAUCACUCCUUCCCUGUUUCCCUUUUUCUGCCCCGCAAUGUUCGAUUGGAGCAUAAAACACUGAAGCUUCUGAAGUACUGGACCUGGCAAUUUGUUGUUGUUAGGCCUGUAUGCUCCAUUCUAAUGAUUACUCUUCAGCUUCUUGGGCUGUACCCCAGUUGGGUCAGCUGGACAUUCACAAUCAUACUGAACUUUUCAGUCUCCAUGGCUUUAUAUGCAUUGGUUAUUUUCUACCACUUGUUUGCAAAAGAGCUGGCACCUCACAAGCCUCUUGCAAAGUUCCUAUGCAUCAAAGGGAUUGUCUUUUUCUCUUUCUGGCAGGGCUUUGCUUUAGAGGUUUUAGCUGCUGUAGGGAUCAUUCAGUCCCACCAUUUUUGGUUGGACGUGGAGCACAUCCAGGAGGCAAUCCAGAAUGUUUUGGUGAUAAUCGAAAUGGUUUUCUUCUCUGUUCUCCAGCAAUACGCUUAUCAUGUUGCUCCAUACAGUGGGGCUGAUAGGGCGAAGUUUGAGAAGAAGAAUGAAUGAUCCAGGUUUCAUACCGAGUAAUACCCACAUUCUGCUCUAUCCAGGACUCAUUAUCUGUUAGUAUCUCAGUUUCCUGUGUAUGGAUGGUGUUAUAAACUCAAUAUUUCUUAUGCACACGAGUAGAGUAAGUACAUUAUGAUCAUUAGAAAGUGAGAGGUAAUGCCUGAAUAAGUGGUGUUUUCGUCUUGUUGAACACAAGACCAUGUUGGGUCGAGGAUAUUGUGUAUACACGGUACAGUGUAGCCUUUGAGGAACAAGCAAUCCAUUAUCAAUAAAGCUAGUAUGUACUUCACUA